CGGGCCGUGCUGUGCCGGGCCGGGCCGGGCCGGGCCGGGCCGUGUGGCGGCCAUGAAAUCCGUGUUCGUGACCGUGGGCACCACCAGCUUCGACGAGCUGAUCGCCACCGCCCGCUCACCGCCCGCGCUGCAGGCGCUGCAGAGCCGCGGGUACCAGAAGCUGGUGCUGCAGGUGGGCCGGGGCUCGCUGCCCCAGCCGCAGCCCAGCAGCAGCAGCAGCUCGGCCGUGGCCGUGGAAGUGUUCCGCUUCAAGGACUCGCUGGCUGAGGACCUGCAGGGCGCAGACCUGGUCAUCAGCCACGCAGGUGCUGGUAGCUGCCUGGAGACUCUAGAGAAAGGAAAACCCCUAAUAGUGGUAAUAAAUGACAAGCUGAUGGACAACCAUCAGCUUGAGCUGGCCAGACAGCUCCACAGAGAUGGCUAUGUCCUCUACUGUAACUGCAGCACUCUUGUGGAGACACUGCAGUCAAUGGACUUGCCAGCUUUGAAACCUUUUCCUCCUGGACAGCCAGAAAAGUUUGCUUCAUUCUUGGAUAAAGUUUUUGGGUUGCAAUAAAUAAAACAGAGAAAUAAAAA